AAUUGCAGCCUUCGGAGUACAGCUAGAGAGUCAGACAUGCGCCUUCCUCCUAUAAUAAUUAAAACAGAGGAGAAGAGAAAGAGGAGGAGGAGGAGGAGGAGAAGAGAUGGGGAGCGGAGAAGAGAGGGUUGCGCUUCUGGACGGAAGCAGAGGAGAGGAGGAGGAGUUGGAGUCGGGAUUGGGAUUGGUACAGAGGAGUUGGAUAGAGUCGAAGAAGCUAUGGAGGAUCGUAGCCCCUGCCAUAUUCAGCAGAGUGGUGAGCUACAGCAUGAACGUCAUCACACAGGCCUUCGCUGGCCACCUCGGCAACCUCGAGCUUGCGUCCAUCACCAUUGCAAACACCGUCGUCGUCGGCUUCAACUUCGGAUUGAUGUUAGGCAUGGCGAGUGCCCUCGAGACACUGUGCGGACAAGCCUUCGGGGCGAAGAAGUACCACAUGCUGGGCGUGUACAUGCAGCGAUCAUGGAUCGUGCUCUUCCUGUGUGCUGUCCUCCUCCUCCCGCUCUACUUCUUCGCGACCCCGAUCCUGAUCCUAACAGGCCAGCCGCCGGAGUUGGCGGAGCAAGCCGGGACGGUGUCCAUGUGGUUCAUCCCGCUGCACUUCUCCUUCGUCUUCAUCUUCCCACUGCAGAGGUUCUUGCAAUGCCAGCUCAAGAACUCAGUCAACGCCAUCAUCGCCGCCAUCUCCCUGGUGGUCCACCUCUUCGUUACGUGGCUCUUCGUGUCCAAGCUUCAGUUCGGCUUGAUUGGCACCACCGUCACCCUCAACUUUUCUUGGUGGGUUGGUGCUUUCUGUCAAUUUGGCUACGUCGCAUGUGGAGGCUGCCCCGAAACCUGGAAGGGCUUCUCCAUGGAAGCAUUUACUGGUCUCUGGGAGUUCUUGAAGCUCUCAGCUGCUUCCGGUGUCAUGUUGUGCUUGGAGAAUUGGUACUACAGAAUACUGAUCUUACUGACUGGGAAUCUUAAGAAUGCUGAGAUCGCAGUGGAUGCCAUCUCCAUCUGCAUGAAUAUAAAUGGAUGGGAGUUGAUGAUUCCCUUAGCAUUUUUCGCUGGCACUGGAGUGCGUGUGGCGAAUGAGCUCGGCGCUGGCAAUGGCAAAGGUGCGAGAUUUGCGACCAUUGUAUCGGUGGUGACAUCUUCCGUGAUAGGCCUUUUCUUCUGCCUCCUCAUAAUGGCCCUCCAUGACAAGUUUGCUUUCAUCUUCACCUCAAGCUCGGUCGUGAUCGAAGCAGUCGACAAGCUGUCCAUUCUUCUGGCAUUCACCAUUCUGCUCAACAGCAUCCAACCUAUCCUGUCCGGUGUUGCGGUUGGUUCAGGUUGGCAAGCUAUGGUGGCGUACGUCAACAUUGGAACCUACUAUUUAAUUGGAAUACCUCUUGGCAUUCUCCUGGGAUGGAUCUUCAACCUGGGAGUUAUGGGCAUUUGGGCUGGAAUGAUCACUGGAACAACAGUUCAGACACUGAUCUUGGCCUUCAUUACAAUCAAAUGUGACUGGGAGAAGGAGGCAUUGAUAGCAAGUGCACGCAUGGAGAUAUAUGGUAGCUCCGAUAAGCCAUAGACGAUCCAUCUCAUUUAGAAGUGGCAGACGCCGGGAAAUGUGGCAGCCACAGAUCCAUCGUGAUGAUCGUUGCUCUGCAUGCGACAUGCCAAGUUCUGCGUUGCUGGCUUGGCAUUCAAAUCACUCAGAACCGAGAUCCAAUCUGUCUAAACAAUGAUCGAUGUACCCUCUUCCAUGAAGCAAGUUCGAUGGCGUUUCGCCUUCUCUUAGAUUAGGUUACCUGUAGUCUGCGUCAUUCAAGGUUGAAUCCUCCAAUAAAAGAGGCAAUUCUUUA